CAGCCUCUUCCGGGAAGCUGCCGUGGCCCCGACUGUCAGCGACUGCGGUCCGGGAAGCUUCUGCGCCCUCGUGGAAUUGGCGCGAGAGCCUUGCAAAGCAGCAACAGCAACUCACAUUUCGUGAUAUAUUGCCUCUGGACCUGGAGGUUCCAUUAACCUGUAUUUGCUAAAACCUGUCGAUAAGAACCUCUUCCGCAUCUCCCCACCCCGAGACAUCCAUGGCUGCCAUUGUGCCCCGGGCAGACUCCCCUGGCACAGACAUCUUUGCUACCCGCCACGGUUUCUUCGUCGUCCGCUCGGACCUGGGUUGUUUCCUCCAAGUGCUCGACUUCCGUUUGGGGCAGGACAUCCAAGUGUGGGAUCUGCACCCGGCCUGCCGUGGUGGGGACCACUACGUGGGGGACCCCACGAGCUCCGCCAUCUACCUCCUUCGCGGGGACUCGUUCUGCAAAGUGCUUGACCUGAGCUCCGAGCCGCCCUCCAGCGCCCUCCCGUUGCACCCCAGCUGCCAAGGAGGCGACCAUUAUGCCUUCUGCGAGGGCCGGUUCUUCAUCUUUUUCCUGACACGUGGCGUGGUCCUAUCCGUGGCCGACCUGGCCACUGGGGCCACAGCUAAGGAGAUCUGCUUGGAGCCGGCACUACUCAACGGACUGUAUUACUAUGGUGCCGAUGCCACCCACCUCGCCUGCUUAAGGAUGGAUGAAGAAAACGGCCUUUGUGGCUACCUUUUUGCAGUGGCAGGGCACAAGGAGACCUUCUCCGUCCACCCUGACGUGGUCUCCUUCCUUCCUGGGGGGCUGGGCCAUACCCACGGGGCUGCCUUUGGCGCUUGGGAAUGCCUCAAGCUGAUCUCCAAUGCCACAGACCUGCCCAUGCCCAGCAGCCACGAAAUCACCCGCAAAGUUGGUUCCUCGAAGCUGGCGUUCAGUCAGAAAUACCACGUCUCAGGAUCUCUGGACCCGGAGUCCUUGGCCGUCUCCCUCCUGCAGCACCAGUUUUCCCUCCCUGUCGCUUACGGUGGUCUGGGGCUUCGGACGGAGCAGGAAGAGUGGGAGGAGGCAGCCGAGGAAGGAGAGGCUUUGCGGGUGAUCUUGCAACCCCGGCAGAAGCUCUACUGGUGGCAUUACCAGCUGGGGUUGGGCAAAGAGCCCCUCCUCUACUGCCGGUCUCUGAAGGUCACCCGCAGCCCCUCGCCACCCACCCAUAUACCUCUGCCACCGGUUGAUUCUUGAUGCCAGGACUAAGCGACAAGAAUCUGAUGUUUGUUUUGGUUGGGGUUGUGCAUUAAAAAAAAGAAAAAAGCACUGCUUGCUCCCUGCCCUGCCCUCCCUGCUGUGCUUCCUGUUUGUUUCAUUGUUACACCCAUUUCACAGGCGGUAAAAACAAGUUGCUGGGCUUCUCUUGAUGUAGAAGGGGCCUCUGUCACACUUGGUGGAGGUCAUGAAACCACUACUGUUCAUCAAAUAAUAAAAAAUA